AUGGAGACAGAGUCCAGGCCAGUCCACAAUGCUGCCCCGGAUUUCUCCAUGGUCACAAUGACGACCCUAAACGAAAGAUCGUCCACGCGGUGCAAAAGACGUUCAGGGCGCUCCAGCCGGACCUGUGACCCAGCCUCGAGCAGAUCACCGUCGAGCACCCGUCGUACAUCGACGCCUUGCCUUUCCGGCAGCUGCGGAACAACCCUAUACUCCGCGAGGACAAGGUCGGCCCGCAAGAGUUCUUCUGUGGCGUCGUCCCCUGUCUCGUGUGCUGGGGCGGCGCUGGCUUGGGUAAUUAAAAAGGAUCGCGACGCCUCCACUGGCGAUGCCUUCACCGGCACGCUCUAG